GAUGUUCUACUUUCCGCUUACACCAAGGUUGAAACCCUUGUAUAUGUCCAAGCGUACGGCGGGGGCAAUGAGGUGGCAUGCCACACAUCGACACACAAACCAAGAUGAAAUGUGUCACCCUUGCGAUUCUGAGGCAUGGAAAAGAUUUGAUGCAGACCAUCCUUCUUUUGCUUCAGAAAUGCGCAAUGUGCACCUAGGUGGUGGUGUUGUUGUCGCUCAAUUCUUCGAACUGCGCGAGGAGGCUACACAGAAUGGGCUGCAAGUCACCGACGAAGAAAUAUGGUACUCGCUAGUUGAGGGCCAUAACGCGAAGAACCGCGUUCCUGGAGUUGAUGAUGAUGAGUUGGAUCACAGAUGUAGAAGAAGAUGAAGAGUAAACGCUCUGCAAGCACACAAGUAAUGAUGGCAUUGUCAUAAAUAAGAGCUUGGUACAAUG